CUCUUCCUCAAAUUCGGUUUGAACGACAAGUCCAAUUCAGCCGAUUCGAUCUUGCAAGUGGCAACUCGAUUCCUUCCAAACAGGCUAGCCGCCGCCGGCCGCCGGAGAGCAGCUAGUGAUCGAUGGGCCGGGCAACGCCGACGUACGAUACGUACCCGGAUCCAGUCUACCGAGUCGUCGACUUCGUCGGCGAGUUCUUCCUGGGGGGACUGGCGCUCGGCUCGGCCUUCCACUUCGUCAGGGGCCUGCGCGGCUUGCCCGGGCCCAGCGGCGCCCGCCUCGCCGGCGCCGUCGACGCCGUCCGCGCGAACGCGCCCCGCGUCGCCGGGAAGUUCGGCGCCUACUGCGCCUUCUUCUCCGCCGUCGACAACGCGGCUACCCUCGCCCGCGGGAGCGAGGACACGUGGAACUCCGCCGCCGCUGGCGCCGCUACAUGGGGCCUCCACGGCAUGCGCCGGCGCGGCGCCCGCGCCGCCGCGCGUUGCGGGAUCCUCGGUGCCACGGGAAUCCUCGGCAUCGAUUUAGCCCUGACGGCUUUGGACAGGCUCUCCUACUCCGCCCAAAAUCAGAUCGACCGCGGCCAGGAAGCAGCGCUCGUUGUCCAUCGCCCCAAGUCAGAUGGCCGAUGGUCCCCGCCAUGGUGGCUGAGGAUGUCUCCACGGACGGAGUACAAGGGCAGAUCACCAUGGGACACCAGAACUUUUGGUAUGGAACAGAAGUAGAGGUUUCAAUUGACUCCUAGGGAUGGCUGAACAAGGUUUUUUUUCUUUGGGAUGAGAUGGACAAUAAUGGCAAUAAGCAUAUGCAUGAAUCUGGUUGAUUUCUUUACCAACAAGUUUGAGGUCUAACGAUAAGCUACGCGAAAGGUGUAAACUAUGAAGCAUCUGGUUCUGUUCUUUUUUUUAUCCUUGAUAUAAAUAUACUACCUCUAAUUCUUUA